AUGGCGGACGAUAAACAUUCAAGCAAGACAACAGAAACCCAUAAACUCACAGGAAAAAUAAAGUGGCUUGAUUUACAGGGCACCGGUUACAUACUCCCUGACAACCCUUUUUUCCCAGAAGUAUAUAUUAGCCCAUUUUCUCUCUCCUCGGAUACCACCAUUAACAUCCAAGAAGGAGAUUGCGUCGAAUUUAACAUCAAAUUAUGGGGGUCAAAUUCCUCACCUUCUUUCGAAGCCAUUGAUGUCGUUCCAUUUGGGUCUAAGUGUAGUAACUGCAAAAGAUUUGGUCAUAAUUCUUGGAAAUGCCUAGAAAAUUCGAGUAAUAAAUUGAAGUGUUAUAGUUGUGGAAUAACUGGGCAUUUUGUUAAAGAUUAUGAUCAGCAAUUUCGUGGUUGGUUUUCUAAUAGUAACAGAGGGAGUUUUUAUGUUGGUAACUGCAAAAGAUUUGGUGGUGGACUGGUGCUUAUGGCGUAA